AUGAAGGAGGAAAUAAAAUUAGGGUUUCAUGGAAUCGGUAAUGAGAAAGGUUUUGACUCUAGUGAGGUUCCCCCAAUAAGGGUGAGGAAGAGGCAAAUUGAUAACCAUGCUGUCAGAGAAGCUUCAGAUACCUAUUCUGAGCUUCCGUGCACUCCUGAGGAGGCCGCAACUAUUGGCUCGGCAUCAGAUUUAUCCUUUGUCCAGAAUAUUCUCGGGGGGGAUAAGAUGGAAAUAACUUAUGAGAUUUCUUAUAGAAUGUUCAAAGAUGCUUCUAUCUUUUCUCCCGUCUUUGUCGGACGGGGUGUUGUCUUGGCCCCGGCUAGUCCCUUCAAGGAAAGAGAUACUUAUAAGGAGAACUUCGAAGCUAUGGAGAUGAAGUGCACUAACCUUCAAAAGGAGCUUCUUGUGUUGCAUGAAGAAGUUAAAGCUGCUAAUUCUUUACAAGAGGCAGUGAAAGUACAUGUCUCCCUUUCUUCCUUGGUGGAUCGGGUGACUGAGCUAAAAGAUGCCCUUAAAGAUGCAAGGGAAUGGUGUUAG